GAACCCCGCGACGGAGUUCGUCUAUCCCCCUUAUAAUGCCACAAAGUGGCAGAGUGGAUGAAGUUGCAGAGGGAGAAAAUGUUGGGUGGUUCUGCUUCAAUGUCCACUGACGGGGCUGGUAUUGAUGAUGACGCUAAAGGGUCACAAGUUGCCACUCUUGUAUCUCGAAUAUCGGAGUUGUUUAUCCCUGUCCUGGAAAAGUUAGGAACCCAUACGAACCAUUGGUGGUGCCUAGUUAUAUCUGCAGAUCCUCCAACCAUUUACGUGAUUGACUCCUUACACAGUAAUCCCGUGGAACAGCGUAAAAGUGUAAUUGAUAAAAUGAUAAUUGGGGUAGAGAAAAUGCUCUUUGGCGAUGAAGGUGGGCAUAGUUGGGGGCAACUUCUUUCAUGGGAUAGGAGGCGGAUGGAUAUAGACAUCCAGGAAGACAACCAUAGUUGCGGUGUCCGUAUGCUGCUAUCUAUCAAGGAGUUUGCAGAAGGUUUUGAGGCGCUCCGUAUUACCGACAUGGAAGAAGCUCGUCGGCUAUUGUUCACCCAGGAUGUUCUUAGUCCCUAUAAUGUGGUACGUGAUCAUGUCAUUGAAUUAGUGAAUGACACAAAUAAGAAGAGGAAAACGUAAUUAUCCUCAUACUGCGAUUGUAUGCUAAUAAGACUCGAUGAGGAUCCCUAAUGAGGGGUCGAUCAGAACGUAGUUGUAUUACCAUAAAACUUUGUUGGGCCUUGUAGUUUAGAAUAAGAAACAUUUUUUAGUCAAUCGUGUUGUGGAAUGCACAACCAUUAACCCAAGUGUAUACCAAUGGGCUUUAAUUGAGUGCUGAGCCCAGUAUGGUUCAUAUGCCCAAAUCAAAACUGGAUUGUCACUACAUUAUUGCAAAUAUGUAAUGUUACGUAGGUAUUAUUUAGACAUUUAAUUUGGACUUGGUGUAUUGAGUAGUGAUCCAAUAAU